ACCCUCAGCGCAGCUCAGUUCUCUCCAUCACAUACCAACAUGAAGCUGGUCAUCCUCUUCGCCGUGGUGGCUGUUGCCGCCGCCAGCUUCUCUCCUUACUACUACGGCAACAACUACUACUCCCCGUACGGCCUGGGCUUCCAAGGAAACCUCGGCUUCAGUAACUUCGGCGCCUUCGGCGGUGGCUUCGGUGGCUUCGGCGGCUUUGGAAGCAUCAGCAACGGACUCGGCUUCGGUCUCGGCUAUGGCCGAGGUUUCGGUGGCGUUGGAGCCUUCAACAGCUUCGGCAUCGGUAGAUUCAACCGCGGGUUCGGCCUCGGCUAUGGCCGAGGUUUCGGCGGCAUUGGAGCCUUGAACAGCUUCGGAGGCCCCGGUGCGUUCAACGGCGGCUUCGGCCUCCGCCGUUUCGGUGCUUUCAACCGCGGCUUUGGAGGGUACGGAGGCUACUUCUAACUUUUGAAAACGAUCAGACAGUGCUGACAAUCCCAUCGGCUAGAAGUCUGUUGAAUAUCGUGCCACCGACAUACUCGUAUUUGUCUUUUAUACGAGCGUCAUGUUUCUCACGUCUCCGUAGCCUGGCGUCUGAAUUUGAAACUAUCGCAUGCUCCGUCAGCUGUAUGAAUAUACAUAAGCAUUUGUGUGAGUCCUUGGGGAUGUUUGUUGAUUUGUGGUGAUUUCUGAAAAUAUAUUAUUUUACGCCUA